AUGGAUUUAGAGAAGUCCGACACAAAGCCAAGCCCUAUUUCAGUCACUUUCAAGCGCCGAAUCCCCAACUUCUUCUUUCACUACAAACUUCUCUUAUGGAAGAGCACAUUGCUCCGAAUACGUGAACCCUGGGUUAUCCUCGGCGAAUUGCUUCUCCCCGCCCUUAUUAUCAUUGUUGUUGUUGGUCUGCGGUUCGCUGAAUUGCCUAAACCCCACCCCCCUUGUCACCUUGUUUCCCAACCCCUCCCUAGCAUGGGUUUUAUCAACUAUAUGCGCCACGUUGUCUGCAACUUUAACUAUACCUGCAGCCCUCAUGACGUCGAUGAUCAAAGUCAGGCAAUUGUGGUGCCCAUGUGGAUGUCUUUUCUGGAUAAACAGAGCCCUAAAAACCUUGAAGAAUUUUCCAAUCUUGUUCGAACCUUUUCGAAGUUAAAAGGUGAGAACCAAACUUCCGAUGACCAAUCUCUCUUGUCUGAACUAUUCUGCCAGGAGUCGAUUUCGAGUAUUAUUACUGCACUUACUCCUCCUCGUACUGCAAAAGAGCUAAAUAUUUUCUGCUCUUCUCCCGCCUUCAUUCAAAGGAUGAUGCUUCCGGCAUUGUUUCGCAAAGUGGCCAGCACCAUUGGUCGUGUGCUUCCCAAGGAAGUAAACUCCGUCCCAUCUGUCUUGAUUGACUCUGAACCCACCGAUUUUGAACAUCUCAGAGGGCAGAUUCGAAAUAUGUCGAUUUUAUUUUGUGGCAAUCAAAUGGGCUCAAACAGCUUCCUGUCCCUCGUCAAUGUCAUGAAGGAUUUGGGUGAUAAAGUUGUCAAAAACGCACUUAAUCAAACUUGGAUAAAUGUACAAACAAAAAAUGCGACAGUCUGCUCCAUCAUGAAGUCCAUUUUCAGACAAAAAGCUCUGAGUCCAUGGACCACACGAUUGAGAAGCGUUUUAGAAGGAGAGGUUUUUUACUACCCAAUCACCAACACUACUCAAGAAAUAAUGAAGCGAGCCAACAACACCGCAGUUAUGCUUGAAAAACUGAAGGAAAUUUCCACGGGUUGGAUGACUUCAAAAGACACAUUGAUACCGCACAUUUUCGUGAAUAGUACUAUGUCAAAAACUCUGCGAAUAAUCGCCAUACUGUGUUCCAGAAAUCCAAAUUUGGAUCCAAAAUCUCGUGAGCAGUGUCGUCGUUUGAAUGCCUUUUUAAAACCCACACCAACUGGAAACUACAUACAUUGGACAGAACUACUUCCACUUAUCAACAGCAUUUCAGAGGUUGUGGAUGACGUCUUAAAUAACUGUGUUGUCUAUGACCGAUUUUACGGCUUCUCAGAUACAGCAGUAAUGUACGAAGCCCUCAGAGAAGCAACAGCAAAUAAUAGAACCGUUAAGGUAAUCGAGUUCAAGAAAUCGGACAAGCUCCUCGAUAUGCAAUUUCGUCUGCAGCCAUCAGUUGUCGAAACAACGUACAAAUUUCAAGUGACUGAUAAACACUGGACACCAGCACCACGGCACGAAACAAAAGAAUCCAUGAAGUACUUUACGAGUGGUUUUAUUGACCUUCAAGACCAAGUGGAACGUGCCUACAUUUCAGUACUUACCAAAACAUCGCCAUCAGAUGACCCCUAUACUGAAGACUUUCUUCCAACUGAGAUGCAAUUCGUUCCAGCACCCUGUUACGAAGUGGAUCCAAUGCUACGUCUUUUCUCUCCCAACAUCCCACUUGUAAUCGUGGUUAUAUGGUUGUGCAACUACGUAAUAAAUGUUCGUGCAGUUGUCUACGAGAAGGAGAUUAGGUUGAAAGAAUUCACUAAAGUGAUGGGAAUGGGAAAUGCAGUACACUGGUUAAACUGGUUCACUGUUGGUUUCAUUAUGAUGACAGCCGCAAAUAUACUCGUUACAGUGCUUCUUAAAUGUGGUAAGGUAUUUCCACGAACAGACGGGUCUCUCCUCUUCUGCUGUUAUACGGCUUACAUUCUUGCUAUCCUUCCGCAAGCUUUCAUGACCUCCGUUUUCUUCACUAACGCUAGUUUGGCAGCUGUCUUCUCGGGCAUUUUCUAUUUCAUCAUGUUCAUCUUCUACUACCUGAUUAUCAUCUACGAAUUAGGUUUUGCUCCUCUGAUGAUCCUCACCUUCUCACCCCAAUGUGCAAUCGCUAUGACAUUCUCUCGGCUCAUGAAUCUAGAAGUUCAGGGUUUUGGUGGACAGUGGUCUAACCUCUGGACUAAUGACAUAUUCAACGAGUCUUUUCCUUUGGGUUUGUGUCUUCUAAUGCUCCUUGUAGACGGUCUGCUGGCUUGGAUUUGCGUAUGGUAUCUUGAAAAUGUUGUCCCUACUGACUACAGUCUCACGAGAAAAUGGUACUUCCCCUUCACACAAUCGUAUUGGACGGAAGUCUUCCACGGCCGCUUGAAGGCUCCCCGGACAAAUGAACAAAUGGAGCUGGUGAAUGCAGAUUUCGAUAUGGCCUUUCACGAACCUCCAGAUGCCGGUCUCAAUGUGGGUGUCUCGGUUCGCGGUUUGACCAAGCGCUUUGGGCGCAAAAAAAUUGUCGCGGUGAACAAUAUGUGGGUGGAUUUUUAUGAGAACCAAAUUACAUCAUUUUUGGGUCACAACGGAGCGGGAAAAACGACCACAAUUUCCAUUUUGACUGGUAUUUACGCUCCUUCAGCUGGCACGGCGUAUGUUUAUGGACAGGAUAUUAAUUACGAAAUGCCAGAAAUAAGAAAUCAUCUGGGAUUGUGUCCUCAACACAACAUUCUGUUUGAUAACCUUAGCGUAGCCCAACACAUUCGAUUUUACGGCUACUUGAAAGGUCUUUCUAAAGACGAAGUGGAGAAGGAAGUGAACCAAUUUUUGGUGGAGCUAAAGCUGGAACAUAAGGCGAAUGAGUUGUCAAAAAAUCUAUCAGGUGGACAAAAACGGCGGUUGUCAUUGGCAGCAGCGUUUGUCGGUGGUUCAAAAAUUGUCUUUCUGGACGAACCGACAGCCGGAGUUGAUCCGUCGUCUCGACGAACCAUAUGGAACUUAAUCUUUCGAUUCAAAGCAUCGAGAACAAUUAUCCUUACUACGCAUCACAUGGAUGAAGCAGACUUUCUAGGUGAUCGAAUCGCGAUUGUCUCACAAGGCAGGAUUAAAGCCAGUGGAUCUAGUCUCUUCUUGAAAUCCAAGUUUGCGAAGUACUACUACCUCAGCAUGGAGAAGUCUGACGGAGUAGUAAAAGCCGCAAAUACGGACUCCCAACUCACAAACAUUAUCUCGACCCAACUGGAGGGCUCAGAGUUGUCGACUUCAACGCCAACGGAGUGGGUGUUUACCCUCCCAGCCCCCAAGGCCUACGAUGAGGACGGAUUCGUCCGUCUUUUCACCUUCCUGGAGGAGAACAGCGCUAAGCUGUCAAAGGACUUCGGAGUGAAGGGGAUUGGCCUCUCUGACACCUCUUUGGAGGAGAUUUUCAUACUUCUUUCAGAUGAUCCAAGCAAGAUUAAGACCGUCAACCCAAUGACACAGAAAAAGCUGGCAUUUAUACGGAAGCUCUUUAAACGGCAUACCAAAUUCAGCAGCAUCAACAACAAUUCAUCCAACACAUCUUCCACAGACGCUGAUGGAGACACGGAUGAGGAUUCAGACCUUGAACCAGUAGUCGAGUUGCCAUCAAAAUACGAGUCGACAGCCGUGGUGCCAGCAGAAGCAGCUACAGUUGAACGCAACACUGGUUGUCGUCUUUACCUUCAACAGUGCCAUGCCUACUUAGCUAAGCGAAGACAGUGUGUUUUGCGCAGCAAACGUGGUUGGAUUCUGGAAAUUGCACUUCCAGCCUUCGCAGUGACCGUCAUGAUGGCUGUCAUAGCUUCCUAUUCCGUAGAUACUACUCAACCUAGCAUGCCACUUCAUCCUUGGCUCAUGUCAAGCAGAAAAAACAUUCCGCAUCUUCAAACUUUCUUCUCUAAUACACCUACAAAUAUCUCGUCAAUUCGUUCAAUCUCCGAUACCUAUUCUCAAGCCAUUGCUUCAGCCAGAGGCUGGUCAGGAACUCGUUGUCUACCGCACUUCGUGUAUAAGCUAAAGCCGGAAAAAUAUGCUUAUUGUAAUCUCAAGGACUAUACUGUGCCUAAUCCUUUGCCGGCACUCACUCCUGAAGGUAUUCUAGAGGUGCAGGCAUCGGAGAAAGUCAAUUGUUUCUGUAAAAAAGCUGACUUCUUCUGUCCUUCCGGAGCCACUGUGCUCCCACCCAACCAUCUCCUUCCCACAACGGAUUACUUGAUGAAUUUAACAAACUAUAACGUCUCCAACUACCUUCUCAAGUCGCGGAACUCGGCUAUCCUUAAACGCUAUGGUGGUUUCACAUUUAUGGUUACUAAGACUGGCUCAGCGGUGGUUUUGGCGAAAGUCCUUCUCUCCAAUCAGUCUCGAGUUGAGAACAUUUUUAAUUCGCUUUUCAAUAACUCGAAUGCCACAGCACUUGGCUUGAGGGUGGCGGAUUUUCUGCUGAAAGGUCUACCACCUACCCAGUAUUCACGAAUCUGGUAUCACAACAAGGGAUUCGCCUCCUCAGUAGCCUACCUCAAUGUCCUUCAUAACCUUCAGCUGCGAAUGCUAUUGGCUAAAAACAAGGUCGUCCCAGGUAAAGUGCUUCCUUCUGCUUCAUGGCUUUAA